AUGUGCCGUGUUUGCAUGGCAGAGGCAACAGUCCUCGUGAAAUUGGACGAAAUCGGGACAUUCACCGAUAAGCUCUCGGAAGACCUCAAGAACUGCAAUGAGUCGGAGGUCUCGCCUGGAUUCCUGCUGCAAGAAUGCAGUGGAGGUCCCGUGGAAACUGGAGAAUUCUUUCCUCAAGUGAUGUGCGAGCUGUGCAUAAAAAAACUCCGACAGGCCUAUCAUUUUAAGCGACGCUAUAAAAGGAGCAUGGAAACACUCAAAAUGAUGAAGACGGAGGCGAACGACCACGAAGUGUGCGAUUUUUUGGAAAGUGAAGACUGGGAGCUGAUUGACCGCAUCCAGAGGAAAAACGGGGAUGCAGAGGAUGGCAAGGAUGUAGAGGACAGCAAGGAGGUGGAAGUCAAGAUGGAGGAGGAUUCUGAGGAGUUUAUAGAGGAGCCAAAGAAGAAGGCUUUUCUGCUGCAUGUGAUUCUCCAGUGA